AAUGGCUGCCGUAGUUGCGAGUACCUCCACGGAGGAAGGGCAACUUUCUGGUCAAAUAACCUUUGAUGAACGCAUCCAGAUGCUUUAUCCGGCAAUAAACGAAAAGUGCACACCGUUACCUAGGUCAUGGAGUCCGAAAGACAAGUACAACUUCAUCGGAUUGUCCCAAAAUAACCUCCGAGUUCACUACAAAGGUGUAGGAAAGACACACAAAGAUGCAGCCAGUGUUCGGGCAACACACCCCAUACCCGCCUCUUGUGGGGUGUAUUACUUUGAGGUGAAGAUCAUAAGCAAAGGGAGAGAUGGGUACAUGGGUAUAGGCUUAUCAGCACAGGGGGUGAACAUGAACAGACUACCCGGCUGGGAUCGCCAUUCUUAUGGUUACCAUGGAGAUGACGGGCACUCGUUUUGCUCCUCUGGGACGGGUCAACCGUAUGGACCAACUUUUACGACUGGUGAUGUGAUUGGCUGUUGCUUGAACUUAAUUGACAAGACAUGUUUUUACACAAAGAAUGGAGUGCAUCUUGGGAUAGCUUUCUCUGAUUUACCAAAUAGCUUGUACCCAACUGUGGGGCUACAGACUCCAGGGGAGGUGGUCGAGGCGAACUUUGGACAGACACCCUUUGUAUAUGAUAUAGAGGAUUACAUGAAGGAGUGGAAAAAGAAAACCAGGAAGACCAUAGAAGACUUUCCUGUAAAUGAUAAACGUGGGGACUGGCAGACUACACUACAAAAAUUUGUAUCCACGUAUCUGGUGCAUCAUGGGUAUUGUGGUACUGCUGAGUCAUUUGCUAGAAGUACGGGACAAUCUAUAGAAGAAGAGUUAGCUUCAAUAAAGAACAGACAAAGAAUACAGAAGUUGGUGUUAGCAGGUAGAAUGGGAGAAGCUAUUGACACCACACAACAUCUUUACCCAGGGCUCCUUGAUCACAACGCAAACUUACUGUUCCUUCUUAAAUGUAGACAAUUCAUAGAAAUGGUCAAUGGUACGGACACCGAAGUACGUGGUCCGGCUAUACGCAGUCCACAAUCCCGUCAUAGUAGCGGUAGCUCACGAUCAUCACCCAAUAUGAGCCCAGUUCAUCAUGGGAUAUCAUCACAACGAUCCAGUCGCAGUAAUAGUCCUAUAAAUCGUGAACGGAUAAUCACAAACAAAUCUAACAUGUCAGGUCACCAAAAUACAAACUCAGACCUCGGACCAAUUUCAGAAAGUGAACUAAACACUCGUAAUAGCACUAGUAAUGGUGCUGUUGAUAGGACUUUAGGACAUGAUAGUGACGUUGAAAUGGAGAAUGGGGAAUUGGAAGAGAGGCUGAGUAAUGGAGAAAGUAAUGGUGCCAUGAAUGGGAGUCUAAACGGGAGUCUCAAUGGAGCUCACCAUGACGAUGAAGAUAUGGAACUUGACCAACCCACUCAGAAACGCCAGAUUUGUGGUGGAGCCCCGGGGGCAAUAGAGAAAAUGCUGCAGUACGGCAGGGAACUACAAACUUUUAGCCAACAACUCAGGCGCGAAUAUGGCAAGAAUGAAAACAAUAAAAAGGCGUUGCAGGAUGCCUUCAGUCUGCUAGCGUAUUCUGACCCCUGGUCUAGCCCAGUAGGUUACCAGUUAGACCCUGUACAGAGAGAACCUAUAUGUGCUAGCCUUAACAGUGCUAUAUUAGAGUCCCACAAUUUACCUAAGCAACCACCUCUGGAGAUUGCAAUUGGACAAACUACCGAAUGUAUGAAACUAAUGUCUGAAUCUGCUAUAGGAUCUUGUGCUUUCGCCAAUGUUCAGGAUUAUAUACAUUGAUACACACCUAAUAUGUUGUAUCCUCUAAAUUAAGGAUAAUUAAUGGAGGUGUCACACUCAAUGUUUGAAUCUUCAAUAGGAUCUUGUUCUUUCAUCAACACGCAGGAUUAAAUAUAUUGAUGAAUGGCUAUAUAGAUAAACUAAUAAUGAUUAUUGAUAAUGAAGAUGUUAGUCUGCAGGGGCGGAUCCAGGAUUUUGUGUUAGGGGGGGGCGUGUGAUAAUAACUGUGAGCGAAGAGUCAAAUUUUGCAAAAAGCAAUGAGGCAAAACACAA